UGUCAUCCCAUAAAUGCCAAAAUGGCUACGACGAACGAUUCGAAGGCGCCUUUGCGCCAGGUAAAAAGAGUGCAAUUUGGUAUAUUAUCACCAGAUGAAAUUCGACGUAUGUCAGUUACCGAGGGGGGCAUUCGUUUCCCCGAAACCAUGGAAGGAGGUAGGCCAAAAUUGGGUGGCCUUAUGGACCCUCGACAAGGGGUGAUAGACAGAAGUUCUAGAUGCCAGACUUGCGCUGGUAACAUGACAGAGUGCCCAGGACACUUUGGACACAUUGAUUUGGCCAAACCAGUUUUCCACAUUGGCUUUAUUACCAAGACAAUAAAAGUUUUAAGAUGUGUUUGUUUUUAUUGUUCAAAACUCCUUGUUAGCCCAACUAAUCCUAAGAUUAAAGAAGUUGUAAUGAAAUCAAAAGGUCAACCGAGGAAGAGAUUAACAUAUGUUUAUGAUUUAUGUAAAGGCAAAAACAUAUGUGAAGGUGGUGAGGAUAUGGAUAUAGGAAAGGAAGGAGACGAAGGAAAGAGAGGCUCAGGGCAUGGGGGCUGUGGUCACUAUCAACCGUCUAUACGGCGGCAAGGAUUAGAUCUCACUGCAGAAUGGAAACAUCCUAAUGAAGAUACACAAGAGAAGAAAAUUACAAUUACUGCAGAGAGAGUUUGGGAAAUUCUUAAACACAUUACCGGUGAGUAUAUUAUAUUUUACUUUCUUAGUGUCUACAUUUGUAUCGCAGGUAUAUUAAGUAUUGUUUGCACUGUUCAUUGUUUUCAAAUGUUUAAAUCAAUAUUCAAAAAUAUUUAAGUUCCCAUGUUUCAGAUCUACCUCUUUUUAGCUUAUUUUGAGUGUUUUUUUUUUUACUUGUAGAAAACAGCUAUAAAAAUGUAUUUUUAAAUAACUAAUCAUUUGGUUUAAAUGAAGAAAUUUUAAGUUUUUUAUGGCAUAACUUGUAGGUUGUAGACUUUUAGAGGCCUAUUACAAAAACACAAACUACAUGGCCAUUAAAACUGAUCUUUGACAGUUGAUGCAUUGAAUUUUGUAGUAAUUUUGUAGUUAUAUUUAUUGUUUUUAUUUAAAUAGGAUAAUAAAUUUGGACAUUAUUAAAUAUAUUUUUAUAAGUAUCAUUUAUUUGCAAGAAUGUGGUAUAAAAGUAGAAUCUUAAUUUUGUCACAAGCACAGAACAUAUUCAGGCUGUUGUAGUGUGAAAAUAUGUUAUGUUAUUGAAAAACCACAAAAUUGAAAACAAAUGGAUUGUUUUUUAAUAAAUAUCUGAAAAAAUUCAGAUUAACACAUAACAAAAAUCAUAAUUCCCUUUUAAAAGUACAGUAAUGUCAUCUAGUGAUCAGUAGCGUCAGCUAAAUGUAACAUUUUCAUGCAUUUAAUUAAUAUAACAUAUGCAUUUAAUGUUAAUAAUAACAAUUGUACUGAUUCAAAUUAUUCAAAACAUUAUUUAAUUCUGCGUAAAUAGCUUAAAUAUUUAAUAAUGGAUUUGAAAAAGGAUGCCUUGGAAUAUAA